AUGGCAAGCAGGGAUGGUCGGGAGGUGGUCUUCGGCAGGCGAGCGAUCAGGCCUGGUUCGACAGAGAACACGUUGCCUAGGGCCAGGUCUGCCCAGUUUGGGAGGCGUGCUGUCAAGGGCACUAUAGAGUCAUCGGAGGCUAAGCCGGUCCUGUACAGUGAGGGACUUAGGGGGUAUACGGGGCGGUUAUGGCGACGAGAGAAUGCGACCAACGAGUCCGAUGAAGACAAUCCUUCUCUUCGACUCUAUCAGUCGGGCAAGCUGAGAGCACCGACGGUUGCCAUGCCUGGCAAGUCACGGCUGGAACGUAUCAGUGAUGCCGUGGCUGCCGACUUGCGCCGUCUCGUCUUCGGUGGGAAUUCUCAUGUGUGCCCCUCUGGGUGGCAACACGGCUUCAUCCUUGCCGACUGUGACGUGCCGUACUGCUUGGUUCAAGCACAGGGUGGACCUUGUGGAGUCUUGGCAGCUGUCAUGGCGUAUAUGCUGAAAGCCAUGCGGGAGAAGUUUCCUACGGCUCCUCAUGGUGGGUUGCCACAUCUCCUUGGAGUGCUAAAGGCCAGUCGAGGUACCAUGCCUUCCAUCACCAAAGCUGAUCGAAGGGCUCUUCUGGUGGAGGCUAUUGCGGACAUUCUGUGGCGCAUCGCAGAGGCCUCUCCGAGCCAUACAGUUCAUUUAGUUUGUGAUUUGCGCAGUCCAGAGAGACCUCACCACGGGUCGAUGAACACACUGACCAGCAAGGCAGAUGCGAUAUCAGCAUUACAGUGUGCAACACUCUAUGAGGAGUAUACACGAGGUACAGGACUGAUCUCCUUCGUAUACUCGGCUCUCCUCACCAGAGGACUUACCUCUAUCCGGGAGGAUACAGACGAUCCGGAUGGAGUCACCAUGCUUGGUGCUCAUGGGUAUUGCACCCAAGAACUCGUCAACCUACUCCUCGUGGGAAGGGCAGUGUCCAACACUUUCGAUGGUCAGCGUGACUUGGAUGGUCUCACUCUACGAGGAGUGGAUGCAUCUGUCAGCUGUCCCAUCGGCCUUCUCAGCCUCUAUGAGCACUUCGAGUGCAUGCAAGUCGGCGAUAAACUCAAACACCCGACUGCUGGCAUCUGGUUGGUCUGUGCCGAGAGCCACUACUCCCUCCUUUACGCCGACGGGCCAUCUGAUGACGAUGUUGUGGAGUUACGGUAUAUUGAUCAGCUCAUGGCGGAUGAAGGAGAAUACCACAUCACAUUGCGACGCUCCAAUAGAGUGGCUCCUGCUAAAGGCAUGAUAGAGCAGUGUAUACGUACAAGAUGGCAACACUACGACAUAUCGUGGAACGGUAGGGACCCGAUACUGUGA